GAAAUAUAUAUGCAUUUUGGUUUAACUUACAUGCGCAAAAUGUUCGUGGGGAAAAUUAUUUUUAUGAGAUGUUAGCUAGUGCUGUUAAACUCAAAAUGGCACUGUGCAGCCUCUUAUCACACUGUUAACACCAAUGAUAAACCGUUGCGAUUUAAAUUUCUCUGAUUGGAAUGUGUAUGAGCUAGAAUGUAUGUAUCCAAUUGAAUUGCUAGUCGCCAAGUAUAGUGUGUGGGUGUCUGCGACAUCCACUGUACGUACGCUGGCUGCAUACAGUUGACUGCAUAAGUAAGCGCUUGUGUUAUCUUUUAUAAUACCGCUCGCCACAACUGUCGACGCCAGCGACGAGGCUUGCUUUAUCACUGGCUGCAGCCAUGUGCGAAACCCUCGGCUGGCUCUGGAGUCGAUGCUCAGUCGUUAUCCAGAGACCGAUGGGCGCACAUUAAAUUAGAAUAACUGAAAUUCUUAAACCAAAAACAAAAAACAAAAAAAAACGCACACUCUGAACUUGAGAAAUAACAAUGUCGACCAAGAUAAAGACAUUGAUUUCCGGUCGUGGGCUGCUGACGAUCUUGCUGGUAUUCCUGCUCGUUUCCGUACCAAGCGCCAGUUCCCAACAGGAUGAUGCAGAGGGAAGCGGCUCGAAGGCGGCCAAUAUCAGUGCACUCGAUCGGCUGCAGAUGAAUCUGUUCAUCAACUACGACGUGAACGCCGAGCCCACUGUGCAGGGCAGGCCGACAAACAUAAGUCUGGGCCUCUCGGUGAACUAUAUAGAUAUCGAUGAGCUGAACGGCAAGAUCACGCUCCAUUGCUGGCUGAGCGUCCGCUGGCAGGAUGAUGACCGCUCCUGGAAUAUACUGCAGUACGAUAACAUAACCAAGCUGCAUAUACCGGACCAUAAGGUGUGGAAACCGCAGAUAACGCUGUUCAAUGCCGCCGCCGAUGUGGUCAACUAUCUGGUUAGCACCCAGGUGAUACUGUCCAACGACGGCAGCUUCCUCUGGGUACCGCCGGCUGUCUAUACGGCCUAUUGCAAUCUGAAUAUGGUCAAUUGGCCGUACGAUGAGCAGACGUGCAAGCUGAAGAUUGGCACCUGGUCGUUAAGCCACCUUCAGGCGGAAUAUAACGCGCAUAACAAGAAGGCGCUCGACUAUGAGGAGCUGGUGCAGUCCACGGAGUGGGAAAUCGUCAGCGGCUGGACACAAUUUGUGCAUCAGGACUAUUAUAGCUAUGUGGAAUUCAUAUUUACAGCGCAGCGACGCUCCUCCAUGUACACGGCCGUCAUCUAUACGCCAGCCACGUGCAUUGUGCUUCUGGCGCUGGCCACCUUCUGGCUGCCGCCACAGAUGGGCGAGAAGAUAAUGCUCAACGGCAUACUUAUCCUAUUGAUUGCCGGCUUUCUCAUGUACUUUGCUCAGCUGCUGCCGGUGCUGGCCGGGAAUACGCCGCUCGUGGUCGUCUUCUACAGCGCCAGCCUGCUGCUGCUUAGCAUAUCCACUGUUAUUGAGGUAGUGGUGCUCUAUCUGGCCACGGCCCAGCACAAGCGUCGCGUGCCGGACUUUGUGAAGCGCCUGCUGCACGGCAAACUGGGCAACUGGCUGCUACUCUCGCAGUUCAUCAACGUGACUGAGUUGCCCGCCUCGCAGCAGGGCAAUGGCGUUGCCAAGGAACUAGAUGAGCACGUGUAUGAUAAUGCCGAUGAUCUGAUGACCAGCCCGUUGGACAUCAAUCCGAGCGAAACGCCGUCGGCGCGCGCCCUUCAGUUCGACUGGGUGCUGCUGGCCACCGCCGUGGAUCGACUAUGUUUUAUUGGCUUCAGCCUGGUCUAUAUUGUGCUGGCCAUCGUUUAUUCCAUCUAAUAUUAUGUGUAUUCCAUAGAAUUUUAUUAAACGCAUACCGUUUUGUUUUUAACA